AAUGUUUUAAAGGGUGUUUCCAUUCAGUCCCCAUCUGUAAGAAUAGGAAGAAGUCUGAUUUUAUUAAUUAUUGUUGUUUGCCCCACGUGUUUAGUUCCCAUUCAGUUUGAUCGUUUCUUGAGCUUAAAUGAGCUUUUCCUCACAUAAAAUUUCCAAUAGAUUAGGUUUAGCAGUGUUUCUAGUAAUAUUGACUGUGUUGUUUUCAUUGCCCCUGUAAUACAUAGGUCUGCCAGUCUUUGAUGAUGCCUAAUGUUUUGAUAGCUUGCUUUUGUUCACCAAAUUUGUUUGUUGUGAUUGGUGAGCUGGAGGAUAAUUUGUGUCUAGCUUGAUGUUGUAAGUUCAAUUGUGAAAUGUAGAGGGCGUGGAGCUUUGUUUUGGUUGGGACCUUGGAGAAGGGUACACAAUUUCUAUCUUAUUGUAAACAACUUGUGUUUUUUAACUGUGUAUUCUCUCAGUAACAGUUAGUUUAAUUAUAUUAAUUGUACUAUUUUUCUGAAAAACUUAUUAAAAAAAAUGCCUUCUGCCAAAGAAAUGCUUAACAAAAUAUUCCUAGGAGAGGUAGCAAGUGUGCACAAUUAUGGGGCGUUUGUCAAAAUCCCUGGGAUGAAUGCUCAGGGGCUUGUACAUCGGACUCAAAUGUCAAAAUGCAUUGUCGACGAUGCUACUGAAAUCCUCCAGCAGGGGGAGAAAGUUUGGUGUAAAGCGAUUAAACUGACGGAUGAUGGUAAAUUAUCCCUCUCGAUGAAAGUGGUGAAUCAAGGGACUGGAGCUGACCUGGAUCCGAAUGGCGUUCAGAUCCACCAGGAUGAGCAAAGAAGAAUGUCUCGACCACCUCCAGGUGGAAGAAAGAAGAUAGAAUUAGGCGCUGUAUUGAAUAUUAAUUGUUCAAAAUGUGGCACUAGAGGUCAUUUAGGAAAGGACUGUUUCCAGGAUCCUAGUGGAAAAACAUAUGAUUUAAUUCCGGAUGAAGAUGAACCACCAGAACAAAGCUUACCUACAAAGCUUCUCGAGGAGGUGAAAAAGAAGAGUAAAAAAUCAAAAGAAAAGAAAGAGAAAACAGAAAAAAAGAAGAAGAAGAAAAAGAAAAGAAAAAGGUCUACUUCAACAUCUUCCAAUUCAUCUACUUCCUCUGAGGAUACUCGUAAGAGAAAGAAAGCAAAGAAAAGUAGAAAAAGAUCUCCAAGCCAAAGAAAAUAAAGUUUGAACUCAUGUUCUUAUCUUCGAAAACUUAUAAUAAAAUAUAUUACUGUAUAAUGUAUAGAUAAAAUAUUUUAUUGCCAAAUAA